AGCUGUCAUUGGUCGAAGAGAAAGUUGAUUUCCACUAAACAGAUACUGGUCAUAACCCGAUUCUAAGAAAAUGAAACCGGCAGUUUAUAAACAUAUUACGCAUGGUCUCCAUUCAUUUACAACCGAGCGGUCCACAAUGAGUGCAGGUUUUGAUCUUGUUCAAAAAUAUUUGCGUCUCUGCGAGCAAGUGAACGAGGGUGACGCGGACACUGUGAUGUUACCCGACCCCCAGCAACAGCUAAUUGAGAAGAUUUUAGCAAGCGGCAGCCCUGACGCCAGCUUUCUGGUGGAAGCAAUACGAUCGUUCGAAACCGUCGUCCCACUGCCACCAUUUGACUUAAUGGAGGAGCUUAGCGGACCACAGACAUUCUCGGGGUUCGAUCUUGUUCCUGACGAGGAAACGAAGAGCUCGGAAAGCUCCGAUUUGCUGGACUUGGACCAGGUGAAUACAGAAUUGACUUUCUACGACGAGCGAUAUGUGCGCGAGUGCGACUCACAUAUCAAAGUAGAGGGCUCUAGGUUUCAGAGCGAGGGCUCUGGGCUCCUGGAACACGUCAACUGGACUACGAUGACGUCAGAGUUGAUCAAGCAGAUGCGAGACAUAGAAGCGGACUGUCGCGCCCUCUCCAUAAGCAUGGAUCCGAUGAAAUGGACGACUGACGACGUCAGUAAGUGGAUAACUCGGAAAUGCAUCAAGAACAACAUCACAGAUAUUAACCUUGACCUCUUCCACAUGUCAGGGGUCGAGUUGUGUCAGAUGUCAGAGGUCAACUUCCGGUGCCGAUGUCCAACACGCGGAUCGGAACUUUUCUCAGAACUAGAAGUUUGGAAAAAUGCUUGGAGUUUGAACGAGAUUCAGGUAGCGAGGGUGAAACCUCUACCUCAACCUGUGGUUUAUGAUACGAGCCGGUCCCCGUCCCCCGAGUGCAACACGGGACCUUCCCCGUCCCCCGGGGACUACACGUCAUCGUCACAGAGUUCCGGCUGCGGCAGCGUUUACAGUAUGCCGCUCUCUCCCCCCAGUCCCUCCAGCCCCCCACUGAAAUGUAUAAAGCAGGAAAAUGGCGUCACGGAGACUCUCCCACACAUCCACCACAAGCAGACGAUCCACCUGUGGCAGUUUCUCAAGGAGCUGCUGCUCAAGCCGGAGUCCUUCAGCCACUGCAUCAAGUGGCUCGACCGAUCUCGCGGCAUCUUCAAGAUCGAGGACUCGGGCAAGGUGGCCAAGGAAUGGGGCAUGCGAAAGAACCGCCCUGCCAUGAACUAUGACAAGCUGAGUCGCUCCAUCAGACAGUACUACAAGAAAGGCAUCAUCAGAAAGACGGAACAUUCCAAGCGGCUCGUCUAUCAGUUCUGCCAACCCUAUUUAUGAUAGACUACCAAAAAAAACCCUCCAGUGGGAUCUCAUCAUUUGGUUUUUGGCUCUACCCCAGGAGCUUGCGAUAAUACGCGAAACACCGGAUUGUUUGAUGAUGUACUUUGGUGAUUCGUGUGUGUAUACCCGAAGCGGAUGCUAAAGGCAUCUUGGACAUGAUUGUGGUUAUGCUAGUUUGAUGUGGGUUUUUUGGUAUGCUCGCGUGACGGUUAGACCAUCAGUCGCAUUCCAGUACUUCCAUCAAAUCAGAGUACUUUAGCACCUCUACGAGGCCUAAUCCUGACUUAUUUUUAACACACCAACAUUUUGGGGUUGUUGUUUUUGUUAUAUUAAUUGAUGUUGUAUGAAGUUAACCGAUUCUGUCCAACACCAGUAAUGUAACGGCGGCUUACAGCGCAAAAACCUUUUUCCUCAAUGAUAUAUAUACUGUUAAUGUUUGAUCUGCAAAUGCCUAUGGACGCAGUAGUCAGUAGAGGAAACGGGAGCUAGAGCCGCAUUUAAAUGAUAGGCAGCAUAAGAAAGAACAGAGAGCGUGUCAAUGGCACCUAUUUGUAUAUACCUUGAGACAGACAUUCCGUCAGUCAGCUCCACUAGAACAGAAUGUGUUAUUAGCACGUGUUUGUAUAUACCUUGAGACAGACAUUCCGCCAGUCCGAUCCAGUAGAACAAAGUGCGUCAGUAGCCAGUUAGAAACACAGCCGAUCUUACCAACUCUCGGGCAUGUUAAUAAUAUUAUUAUAAGCACAAAAUAAAAAUCCAACUUUAGGCAAUUAUGAUCAGCCCAGCCAAAACCAAUCUAAUUAAAAUUAGCUCCACUAUUACAUGUGGAUCUAAAGACAGCCAGUUGGAGCUCAUGUCCACCAAUCAAAACCUUACUUGCAGAAUCCUGCCAGUGAUUUAAAACUAACAACACUG